GGCUGGAGCUGGAGUUGGAAGCCGGUUCGCACAGAGGCUUGGCUGUGUGGAGGAGCUUGUAGUCAUGAGUUCAAUGCACACCUCCAUCGGGUUCUGACGUUGGGGCGAAGUUAGUGAUGCAUUCCCAGUAUUUGGAGAGGGAAGUGCUUCAGCUCCGGGAAUGAGCCGGCAGAAAGCAACCAGGUGACACCGAUGCUGCGGCAUCUUAUGUAUAAAAUAAAGUCUACAGGUCCCAUCACUGUGGCCGAGUACAUGAAGGAGGUUUUGACCAACCCAGCCAAGGGAUAUUACGUGCACCAUGAUAUGCUAGGAGAAAAGGGAGACUUUAUUACUUCACCUGAAAUAAGUCAAAUCUUCGGGGAGCUACUCGGGGUGUGGUUCGUUAGUGAAUGGAUGGCUUCCGGAAAGAGUACAGCCUUCCAGCUGGUGGAACUUGGUCCAGGUCGGGGUACCCUCACAGCAGAUAUUUUGAGGGUGUUCAGUCAGCUUGGGUCUGUGCUAAAAACCUGUGACAUUUCAAUACACCUCGUAGAGGUGAGCCAAAAGUUAAGUGAGAUCCAAGCACUGACACUGACUGAGGAGAAGGUCCCUUUGGAGAGAGAUGCUGAAUCCCUAGUGUACAUGAAAGGUGUCACAAAGUCUGGGAUUCCAAUCUCCUGGUAUCGAGACCUGAAGGAUGUUCCUACAGGAUACAGCUUUUACCUCGCACAUGAGUUUUUUGAUGUUCUUCCUGUGCAUAAAUUUCAGAAAACACCACAUGGAUGGAGAGAAGUGUUUGUUGAUAUCGACCCACAAUCUCCUGAUAAACUGAGGUUCGUCUUGGCGCCUUGUGCGACUCCCGCAGAAGCCUUCAUACAACGCGAUGAAAGAAGGGAGCAUGUGGAAGUUUGUCCUGAUGCUGGGGUUGUCAUCCAGGAACUGUCCCAGCGCAUUGCAUCAACUGGAGGUGCUGCCCUGAUUGCGGAUUACGGUCACGAUGGAACAAAGACUGACACCUUGAGAGGGUUUUAUGAACACCAGCUGCACGAUGUCCUGACCGCUCCUGGAACAGCAGACCUGACAGCUGACGUAGACUUCAGUUACCUGCGCAGAAUGGCACAAGGAAGAGUAGCUUCUCUGGGUCCCGUGGAACAAAGAACAUUUCUAAAAAACAUGGGCAUUGAUGUGCGGCUGAAGGUUCUUUUGGAUAAAGCGGGUGACCCAUCCCUGCAGCAGCAGCUACUUCGGGGGUACGAUAUGCUAAUGAAUCCUCAGAAGAUGGGAGAAAGAUUUCACUUCUUUGCCUUGCUGCCUCAUCAGAGACUUCAUGUGGGAAGUCAAGGACGGAAGGCCUGCCAGUCAGAAGCCCCCUCGUCCUCUGUACCUGGGUUUGAUGAACUGGUUUGGCACUGAUAUUUCAGCUGCCUUGACUAUCAGAAUAAAAGAAAUUCACUUUGCAUACUGAAGUUGACUUAAGUACUCACACUGUCAACUCUUUUCAGUCAAUGGCCUGUUUUAUAUGAACACAAUCAAAACAGUAGAAUGUUAAAGGUUAUAACCAACUCCUGUUAUAAUUGUUUUCAACCCAGUGAAGCAGUUUAUUGUGAAAUUGUUUCUUUUAUCAAAUUACUGUAUUUCUACUUACUUUUUAAAAACAUAUGAGCACUGAUUGGUUUGCUAUUUUCAGGGAUCCGAGUCAACAGAUCUGGAUAUUUUUAAAGGGCAAAAGGCAGUGUAUUCUGAUAGAAGGCUCUCUAAGGUUUAAUAUUUGAAAGAAGUCAGAUGUGAGUUUCUAGAGUUAAGAUCCUGUUUUUGCUGAAGGAGAUAAUUAACUGAAUAUGCCAGUAUACACUUGGUUCUCUGGUCUGUGAAGUGCACAGAUGAAGGCAGAGUGACUGGUAAGGAGUCAGCAGUUCUCCAUUCUGGAAGCAGGAUUCAGAAUACACAUGCUUCUGUGGAUGAAAGUAAAGAUUGAUAACUAUAAUUUU